AUGCCCCAACCUCGAGGGAGAGCGCGCGCCCGUGAGGCCGGGGCCGGGGCGUGCCUUGGGCGUGGCAAGCGGAAAGCCUCCGGAGCAGCCAUGUGGUCUGUAUCUCGACGCCUUCCGCCAGCGGAGGCGGCUCCUUCCGUGGAGCUCGCGGGCCGACUCAGUCCGCGCAGCGCAGACCGAGUGCGUGCGCAGCGGCUGAGCUCGCUGCGCGUGCGUGCGCAGCGCCGCCGUCUGCGCGGAUUUCGCCUGCGCGUCGUGGGUUCGCACCUCGCACAGUUCGCCAACGACACCACCAUGCACGGCCUCCGGUACCUGGCGGAGCCACGGCGCCCUUGGCACGAGAGGCUGCUGUGGGCGGCGAGCGUGCUGCUGGCGCUGGGCGCGUGCGCGACGCUGGUGGCGCAGACGUGGGUGCGGUGGCGCGCGGCGCCAAUCAUCGUGGCGCUGGACGAGGGCUCGCGCCCCAUCUGGAACGUGCCCUUCCCGGCGGUCACCGUCUGCCCCAUCAACAAAAUUAACGCGUCCAAGUUCAACUUCAGCGACGUGUCCCGACGCGCGCUCCAGGACAACGCCACUGAUGAAGAGAAACUAAAAUUGUCAGAGAUUCUCACAUUAUGUGAUAUUACUAAUGAGAACUUAACAUCUACGGAAGAAAGAGACAUAGUUGCGCUUAUCGAGGAGGUAAGACUUUACUUCCCAGUUUACUGUUAUAUAAACCAAACCAUUAUAGGGCCAGAAUUCAGGAGAAAAGGCAUAGCUGGACUCUUUCGGCCCUUAAUCACAGAAGAUGGUUUAUGCUACACCUUCAACAUGCUUGAUCGGUCAGAGUUCUUUGUAAAUGGCACGGUGUUCAUGUCGAGAAAUUAUCUGAAUUAUGGCCUUAAUUCAACGGAGUGGUCUCCAGUUGACGGCUACAGCGAGGAUUCAGACGAAAACAGCUACCCCUUCAGAACAACAGCUACUGGCAGGGCGGCGGGUCUUUCGUUUCGAUUGGAUGUUUCCCUGUGCCACAUGGACUCAGACUGUAGGGAUGCUCUAGAAGGUCACACAAUCACGGUGCACAGCCCCCUGGAGUUCCCGCGCCCGCAGCGCAGCGCCGUGCGGCUGCCGCUGGCCGGAGGCGCCAAGGUGAGCGUGGAGCCCUUGCUCAUUGCGACGGACGACGACCUGGAGAAGGAGUACUCGGUGGAGCAGCGCCAGUGCUACUUCCCCCACGAGCGCCGCCUGGGCUUCUUCCGGCACUACACGCAGCUCAUGUGCGAGACCGAGUGCCUCGCCAACUUCACCCUCCGCUUCUGCGGAUGCGUUUUGACAAUACUGUUGUGUGCAGCUCAUCGCUGA